CUUAGACGACAGGCGUCUAUCUCUCUGUCGCCUCAGGCAUCGGCGACAGCUACACGCGAGAGUUGUUCUUCNGAGAGAGAGAGAGAGAGAGAGAGAGAGAGAGAGAGAGAGAGAGAGAGAGAGAGAUGGCCGAUAAAAGCAGCGCGACGUCCCCACCUGCGACGGCUUCAUUGCCGUCGUCGUCUUCGUCAGGUGCACAUGGCGGGGGGGGGAUUGGUGCGAACCCCGUUCCCGUCACGAAUCCCGUACCACCGCCCGCUUCCCCAACCUCUCCAUCAGCGGCCUCUGGCGUGUUUGGCCAAUCAACGGCGGACACAGCCUUGCAUCAUGCGGAGGGAUGGGGGGACCUUCCGCAAGGUCUGCCCGCGCUAAAUGGUGGUUGGGGGGGCGAUCCGAUGCGCGGUCCGAUCGGCUGGGCGGAAAUAUCUGCCACGUAUUCGCACUUCCCUGCAUGGACAUUUCCGCCUCCGCCAAACGGUCACCUGUUGUCGCCUCCCACCAGCGACGACGAAGGCGGAGGGGGUGACGAUGGCGACGAUGACGAAGGGGGAUGGGUUGAAGAUGGUGGCGAUGAGGAGGGGGGAGGGGGUGCAGAUGGCAGCGAUGAGGAAGGGGGAGGUGGUGAGGAUGGAGGAGACGAGGAAGGAGGGGAUGGUGGCGUUGGAGGUGCAAUUUUGUAGGCGGUUUAGUUUGUAGGUUAUCGGGAUUUUAAUACUUCAUUUUGUAAAAGAAUUAUAUUUUUUCGGAUGUCGUCUUCGAUAAAGAGUAGUAAAGAAU